UUUUAAAUAUUAAUUGUUAGUUCAAUAAUCCAAAGAUAAAAUUAGCGAUUAGGGUGUGUCCUGUUCUAAAUUUUCUUCUGAAAAAUGGGCGUAGCUGCUACGAGGAACUGAGACCGCGGUCCAGGUGCAAUAGUCCCCGUUGGGCCAUCGAUUACAGCAGGAUGGAGAGCUAUGGCAGCAGCACUGUCUCCACUCCGCUGGCGUCCGCACAGCCCAGUCCCAGUGAGCAACAGGAGGCCAUUGCCCUGAAAAAGGCGCUCGAGUGGGAGCUGAGCCUGGACGCUCGCGAACUGCGAUCCCACGCGUGGUACCACGGAUCACUGCCCCGCCAACGAGCCGAGGACAUCGUACAGCGCGAGGGCGACUUCCUGGUCCGUGACUGCGCCUCCCAGCCGGACAACUACGUGCUCAGCUGCCGUAGCAAAUCAGCCGUUCUGCAUUUCGUACUUAACAAGUUGGUGCUACAGCCGGAGACAGUUUACGAACGGAUGCAGUUCCAAUUCGAAGAGGAUGCCUUCGACACCGUUCCCGACUUGAUUACUUUUUACGUGGGAUCCGGCAAGCCCAUCUCGUCGGCGUCGGGGGCUCUCAUUCAGUUUCCCUGUAAUCGCACGUAUCCGUUAUCCUUCUAUGGCCACAAGAUCGUGGGCAACCAGCUACACUCGCAGAUGCUGGCUGGUCUCCGAGGUCUGAGUCCUCUUAACUCGCCGAUGGCCAGCAAUGGGGGUGUGGGAACUGGCGUGGCCGGGGCCUUUCGCUUCGACCCCCAGCAGCAGCAGCUUUCUCCGCGGGCCAGCUCUCCGGCUAGCCCACACUGCUCGCCUCCACGUGCACGACGUGAGGUUCCUCCACCGCCGCGGCUGCCUUGCAAGAAGCAACAACGCUCGCAGAGCCUCACGCCAGCCCAGGCAAUGUUGGUCAGCAACAUCAACAAGCUUCAGGAACAGCAACAACAGGUGCAGGAGCUGGAAAACGGAAAUGGGAACGGCAUGGUCCGCUUUCAGACGAUCGCCAGGUGUAACCCCACGAGCGAGCACCACCUGGAGAGCAAGUUUACCACGCACUCACUACCCAGACCCAACACUUCUGCGGCGCAGGCGAUGCGCCAAAAUGCAGUGUCCCGGAUCUCGAGCUUGGCGAGGAACUGCAGCCUCGACUCGCCAGCGGACUCUCGACCGCCCAGUCCGCCGCCCAAGCCGCGCAAGGAACCCAUGGCAGUAGUACUGGCGUACCAAGCCAGUGGAUCCGAUUCGGGGAACGGCUCCGGGGACUCGGCUCUGGGAGAUGUCUGUGAACCAAGCAUACAGCGGGGAGUGAUAAUCAAGAAUCCCCGAUUCAUGGCCACUUCGGUCUCUAACGGGGCGCUGAAAAGUUUCUCAGACUUUGAUGUCCUUGCCGCCGAAGAGGAGCUGUUUACUAUGGCAAUUGAUGAAGUUAGAUCGGCAAGUAAGUUCGACUUUGAAAAUUUUGUAACUCUGCUAUUGCCUUCUAUCGAGAAUAAACCACUCGACGGCGAUGCCCUGAACACCUUUAAGAUGAUGCUGCUGGAGACGGGACCAAAACUGCUGGCGGAGCACAUAACCCGCAUCGACAUCGCCUUAUUUUUGGACGAACCAUCAAACGAGAAGGACUACUAUCUGAGCUGUUCGGGCCUUGAGCUGCUGACACUGCCUCACGGUAAGCUAUUCCGCGAGGAUAUCAUCGAACGGACACAGUGUAUUAAGCUGAUGGUGGCCGUGACUAUACUCACCUGUCAAACGGAUCUGGAUCGCGCCCAGCUACUAAGUAAAUGGAUUCAGGUAGCGGUGGAGACUAAAACGGCCCUUGGAAAUCUGUUUGGGUUCUGUGCCAUCAUGUUGGGAUUGUGCAUGCACCAGAUUCAGAAACUUGACCAGGCAUGGCACAUUCUGAGGCAGCAGUAUACGGACAGCGCCUUUACCUUCGAGGCCAAGCUACGUCCCACGCUGAGCAUCAUGAACGAGGCCUCUAAUCCACAAGCUCCAAACACAACUGUUCCUCACGUUCUUCUGUACGCACUAUUAAUCGAUCGACCAGUCAUGGACAUUAUAAACCACUCGAACAUCGACGAUCGCCCGGCUCUAUACCACACCUGUAUAGCUCCUUGGGAAUCCAAGGCUGACGAUUUCGGCAUGACCAUUAAUUUCCAACACCUGGAUGCCUCGCGCGGCUUUCUAAAGAACUUGGAUUUAUAUCGAAAGAAUGCCAAGAUCAUACUUGAGGACGCCAGUCCUAGACUGGAUGAGCUUCUAGCAGAUGCUUUUCGCACCGAGUUCCAUGUAAAAUUCCUAUGGGGGAGUUCCGGAGCAACUGCAAAAGCGGAAGAUCGUCACAGCAAGCUGGAAAAGGUGCUAACCCUGAUGGCUGACAAGUUCUGCGUGAUGGCCGAAUAGUAAUCUUAAAAAUUAUAUGGACUAUAGUUUCUAGCUGAUAACCAAUGAAAUUACUGUAAUCAAUUUAUCAUUAUACAUUUUUUCACUUCUUAUCUUUACGUUACUAUUCACAAUACCUCCAACCCCUCCGCAAAUUUAAAUUUCGUGCUGUCUCUACCUCAGUCGAGUAUAUUUAAUUUCAGCAGAAUCAAAAAAGCACCUUAUUUAUGUUCAAAUAUCCUUAGUUAUGUCAAAUUUAAAAUUGUUUAAGAGGAUCACAGGAAAACAGGGCCCCACUAGUUAUCAUUCGUGAGACACUCCAACUCCAAACUAUUGUAUUGUACUACCAUUACCAUUACUAUCUAUUACUUAUUCUUCCUAUUCUACACCCAGAAAAAAAAAGAACGAAAAAAAUCAAGAACAUUUUUCUUGAUUUGCGAACAAUCCGUUCUCCUUUUUUUGUUCUCACAUUUUGAACGUUUGUUCUCAAAUCUUCCUAAUUCAACACCAAUAUGUUCUAAAAGUGACCCCAUUCGUUCAAAGCAUGCCAAUAUUUCGGUCAAAUUUUAUGACCAAGCGUUCAUGAACUGACAACAAACGGGCUUACGCACUUUUCGACCCCGUUUGGGAUUGAUUUUUUAACGUUUCGAACGGAUUUUUUUCUGGGUGUACUAAUGAUCAGACAAUAUACAGGGGUGGUCAAAAGUAUUUGCACAAAUUAAACGCACUUACUCAUAAUAAACGUGCAAAUACUUUUGACCACCCCUGUACAGUAAUCAAAACAUCAUACAUAAACAUACUAUCACACAUAAUUAUAUAGGCAUAACACAAAGAAUGCAUAAUUUUUGCAAUUUUAUAUUAGUAAUGAUAAUGCUAAUAAAAAAACUACUUAAACUCAACUACAAGACUAUCUUAAACUUGGAGUUCAGCGACCUUUUGUUUACAGUAUACAGUAUAGAGACAGAUAGGACUGACCCGCGAAAGAUUGAUAUAAGCUUCCAUCUCCCUCAUACAUAGGUUGAAACGGACGGAUGGAACGGAUAUUAUUAUUUUUAGUCUUAAUAUUUUUGUGUUUUUAAAACCGGUUUA